UAUCACUGUAAGGAGUGUGGGAAAGCCUUCAGUCAGUCGGCACACCUCACUAACCAUCUAAGAACCCACAAUGGGCAGAGACCUUAUGAAUGUAAGGAGUGUGGAAAAGCCUUCAGCCAUGCCUCCUCUCUCACUGCACACAUGCGGACUCACAGUGGAGAGAGGCCUUACGAGUGUAAGGAAUGUGGGAAAGUCUUCAGUUAUUCCUCAGCCCUCACUAUGCAUAAAAGGACUCAUAGUGGAGAGAGGCCCUAUCACUGUAAGGAAUGCGGGAAAGCCUUUAGUCGUUCUUAUCACCUGUCCGAACACAUCAGAACGCACAGUGGAGAGAGGCCUUUUGAAUGUAAUGAAUGUGGGAAAGCCUUCAGUUGUUCCUCUGCCCUAAGUACACAUACACGAACUCACAGUGGAGAGAGGCCGUAUGAAUGCCAGGAGUGUGGGAAGUCCUUCAGUCAGGCCUCAGACCUCACUAGACACGCAAGAACUCACAAUGGAGAGAGACCCUAUGAAUGUAAGGAGUGUGGGAAAGCCUUCAGUCGUUCCUCAUCCCUCACUACACACAUAAGAACGCACAGUGGAGAGCGGCCUUACAAGUGCAAGAAAUGUAGGAAGGCCUUUACACAGGCCUCAGCCCUCACUACACACGUGCGAACGCACAGCGGAGAGAGGCCGUAUGAGUGUAAGGAGUGUGGGAAAGCCUUCAGGUGUUCCUCAUUCCUGACCACACACAUGCGGACUCACAGUGGAGAGAUGCCUUAUGAAUGUAAGGAAUGUGGGAAACUCUUCAGGCAAGCCUCAAACCUCACUACACAUAGACGAAUCCAUAGUGGGGAGAAGCCUUACGAAUGUCAGGAAUGUGGGAAAGCCUUCAGAUGCUCUUCACACCUCAGUACGCACAGAAGGACUCACUGUCGGGAGGCCUUGUGA